AAACGGCUCUUAGCUUCUUUCAAUAAGGUUACUAAGAACUAUGCAACAGGUGCGGCUACUUCACGGUCGCGAGAAACUUUCGUGCAAGUCUGGGUUGUAUUUAAGAAAGCAGAAGGACGUGAGGCAAUACGUGGCAAUACAAGACAACACGGUGGAAUAUCGCAACGACAUAAUACGCAGCUACGGGUAAAGGAGGGUAUGGGGCCAGACCGCAAGAUGGAACGCGUACUAUGGCUCUUCAAUACAGUCGCUAGAAACGAAUUAAGAUAA